AAGGUUUUCAUUCAAGUAUUAAUUUUGCAUUAAAUUACUUAACUCCAUUUAUAAGUAUCGAAUAUGCCGCAAACGGGUGCUACACGGUACCAAAAAUUUUUAAAAUCGGAAAAGAGUAAAACUAAACUGAAAGCUAAGAAAGAUUUACCUAAGGGUACUAAUGUAACAAAGACCAAUUUUAAAGUGAAAAAGAUUGUUAUAAAGGAACAGCUGAAAAAACAUGGGGAAUCGGAAGCUUUAUCUACUCGAAAACUGAAUGCAAAAGAGCUGUUGUCCCGUCUGAAUCAUUUUAACACUCAUUCACGAAGAGAUGCGCUAGAAGGAAUUAAAGAGCUGAUAACUUCACAUCCUGAUGUUUUGGAGCAGAAUCUUGGAAAAUUCAUUCUUGGUGUCACUCCUCUACUAAUGAAUGUUGAAAAAGUGGUUCAGCGAGAAGCUAUCAAAGCUUUGCAUCUUAUAUUAUCGAAUGUAACGGUAGAAAAAAUAGAACCAUUCUUUGAUAUCAUGUCUACUUACCUGAGGAGUGCUAUGACCCAUAUUGACAACAGAAUUCAAGAAGAUUCCCUCAUGGCCUUAGAUGUUCUUUUAGUCUGUACACCACAGAAAGUUGCCAAAGAUUUUCACAAAAUAUUACCUAACUUUUUAGACAUGAUAUCAAAGUUAAGAGUGGACUCUAAACCUGGAAGAACAUUAACUGUAAAUCUGGGUAGUCAAAUUACAACUGUCAAAUGGAGAGUGAAAGUCUUGCACCGUCUUCAAGACUUCUUACGUAAAUUUGUUGAGUACCAUAACAUUAAUGAUAAUGGCAAACCCAAAGAGACAACCGCAUAUUAUUUUGAUGACACUAAGAUCAAUCACUACAAUUUACUCAACCCCAAUUACAUAUCUGUUUGUCAGUUGUCCUGUUUCUCAUCUAUUAACUUGCAAGAUGUACUGCAAAUUGAUGAAAUGGACAAAUUCAAAGAAUACAUGGAAACAUUAAUGCCUUUGCUGUUUGAAACCUGGCUUGAAGUUUGUCCAAAUGUACUAAGUUCUGAAAAAAAUAUUGAAGCUGUUGUUACUGAAGAUGCUGCAGUUUUAUUAAGACAUACUCUGGAGGUCAUUGACAUGUUGUGGAAACUUGUUCAACAUUUUGAUAAGAAAUCUCCAAGUUCUAAAAUACAGAGUCUAUUUUGCCAAAAAUACAAACAACCAUUUAACCAACAUUUUGUCAAUGCUUUCCCGUUUGUUACAAAUGUAAGGUCAAGACAAACAAAAUCAGACAACUCAGUAUUUGAAGACACAAUCACAGAUCCAAAAUUAAUAGCUGAAAACUUGGAAAUAUGCCACCUGUUCAUCAUGCUUAACCCAAAUGUUAACAUUAAAAGUCAAAACAGAGAAAUCAGCUCAGUCCUCAAUUACAUUGAGAAAACAUUCAAUCAGAACACCCAAGAUAACAUUAGUGAUGUUGUAAUCAAUAUUCUUCACACUAUCUUUUCAAAGGAAAUCACUAGUUGGACAAAAACCGUAUCAGUAAUGGAUGCUUUGUUCAGGAAAAUUAUUUGGGCUUAUUUUAAUAAAGAUAUGCCAGGCUCCGUCAAGCAGAAGAUUUUCACAUUACUAUGUAAAAUUGCUCUAAACGACAAGCUUGGGCAUUUCCACAGGAGUGACACUUAUGAGAAAUGGCUUAUCAAUUUACCAGAUAUUUUGCUUGAAGAUUCUAUAACAGUACAAACCGUCGAUAUCAUCCACAAAUUUGCUGCAUGUAACACCAAAACUUUCAAUACUGUUGUGAAGCCCAAAUUGUUGAAAAUUAUCAUGAAUUUGCCCACACUGACUAUUUCAGAUGCUACCAAUGAUGUUAAUAGUUAUCACAAGUUGUUUUCAAUAUUGUAUUGGGUGAAAAACUGGGAUUGUGAAUCAUUGAAUUUGUUAGAACAACAGUUACUAAACAAUGUUUAUAAAAGUGAUCAUGGUAAAUACAUAUUUGAUACUCUAAGAAUGAAAAGUGGUGGAAUAUUGUAAAAAUGAUUAAUUAAAUAAAGAUAUCAUUUGGUAAUA